UAUAUAUACCUACGUGUUUAUAACUUACAAUAUUAUUAUCUCUGUUUAUUGUAGUGACUUUACUAGGAAACUGAAGUCGUAAUUGUUUAGAAUACCUACAGCAUACGAAAUUUUUAUUGUGUGUGCAUUUGAACAUUACAAACGUCCAGAUUCCUUACCUAGUAAUAAAUAAUAGUCGAAGCCAUGGAGAAAUUCACAUUCAAGCCUGAAACCAAGAGUUCUGGGAAGGAAAAACCACAAGUCACGUUCAAUGGGCCUAAUUUUUACUGUGUGUAUAAGGAUGCAGAAUUCUUACGUUCUGAUGCUAAUAUCGAGAUGCUGCUGGCACGCGGUUACGAGUUGAGACAGAAACUAAAGUCAAUCCAACCUGGGAGUGUGCUACUCGUUGACGGAAUGAAUCUAGAACACACCACUCCAUUGCUCAUAAAGAAAACCGGACCAAAAACCAAAGUGGAGGAUUAUGAAAUCACGUACAACCGUCUGAUGGGCCUCACUGCUGCUUAUGUUUUUGAGAACCGGAAAAAAUUCUUGAAAAUACAGUCUAGCGAACCGAAAGAGCUUGGCUUGGUAUGGGAUCAAAACGAUCACGACAAGUGCAAACUUUACUUAUCUGCCGUGAGUGGCACAGAGCACAUGAUACAGUGUUUCUCCUUCUGGCCUCUUAUAUGCGGACUGCGCAAAUUUCAGUUGAAAAAGCUUCCCGCCGAACUGGUCAUAAAGAUGGGUAAUAUCAAGGAUGCUGAAGGAGUUACCAUGGCGAAGAUGUUGAAAAGCCGUAUGGUAGCAGUGAAACUCAUUUGGACGAUGUUUCCAGGGGCUUCCUUACAGGAGUUGGACACGCUACUCAAUGACACGCAUGAAUUUAAGGGCUUGUUCCAGGAUUGAUUGGUUGUGUCAUGCAUACACUGGUCUAAGUUAUCUGUGUUGUAUACAACACACACUUUUCCAUCAAGUUACAUAAUAAUAUAAUAUGUUUCACGCCUCUUAUUUGCAGAUGGUACGACCAUUAACUGCAUGGCACAUCGAUACAUUGAUAUUCAGCAUUAUAAUAUCAUAUAUUUGUAUAUUUUUCUUAAUAAAUCAAACUUAGAGAUGA